UUAAAAUUAAGCGACGUUGGUGAAACCGGGCCUUAGAAAUAGACAAGCAUGAAUUAAACCAAUUGGUACAAGAUUAAAUAAGUUAAGCGACGCCCGGUGAAAUUGCUUAACUUCGAGCCUAUGUUUGAUUCGUUCUUUGUCUCUUUCCGACUGGUUACUUUAAAAUCCCGAAUUAAACUAAGAUUAAAGUUAACCGACGUUUGGUGCAACCCGGCGGGCCUAAUUCUUGAAACUAGAAAAAAAAAGAGAGGCAAGUUAAACCGAAAUCAAAGUCGAUCUCCACGGUAAUGAAAAUGGCGACCCGAGUCGCGUCGCGGAAAAUUUUCACGCACGGAAUGUGCGGAUAUAUAGACAGCUUUACGAUCCUCCAAAAGUUCGCUAUUCGCGGCGACUCGCGCGAGUCCCGUGUACGCUCGCGUUUUUCCUCGCCGGCGCCGCGCGAGCCUUUUCGGUUGCGGUCGGCGAUGAUGGAUAAUGCAUCGGCGUCGCGUAUCGGAAUACACGCACGCAAAAUGUCAAAUGUCGCGCGAGAGUUUUUACUCCCGUAGCCAAUCUCUAUAUUAUAAUUAUCGUACGACCACCUCAAUUAGUAUAACGAUUUUAGCGGUAAUUAUAUCGCCGCGCCGUGGCGUCGAGGCCACAAAGGUCUCGUCUAAACAAAUGCACAAUUAGCUUAUAAAUAACUCGCCCUCCUUGCGUCAUUUGUCGUCGAUUCUCGUCGCAAUUCCAUAAAUAUACGCGCGAGCGACUUCACCGACCGGGAGAGAGAGCGCCUUUCUCGCCGACGAUCGACGCUCGUGCUAGAUGCCGUACCUUCCACCGUGCCGUCGACGGCAAUAAAAAUUUAUCGCCCGCGCUUGCGAGAGAGGACUGUUUGUUAUUGUUCGUUGCACCAAGGAGGCGAUCAGAUCGAGAAGUGGUUCCCGGUGUCCCUGGAUCGGCAGGUUGGAUGUAUACCGAGAGAAAAAAAAGAGGCAUCGUCGAGCAUGUAGCACGCGGAGCUCAUCUAGUUUAACCUAUAAAGCGAGGCGAGGUGAUGCGAGCGAACCACAAUAAUGAGAGAAGAGUUGAAAACGUUCUGAGUCGCGUGAGGCUUCGCGAGGGGACCUGAAGAGCUCUCUCUCUGGAGAAGCGAGCGACAGCCAUGAACGACUUGACGCUGUGUCCCGGUCUGUACUGCGGCAGGGAGCUGCUGCCGAGCGGCAACUGGAGCGACUGCGGCGCCUGCCCGCGCGGCUUCCGGGCCAACGGUACGGUAUGCGAGCCCUGCAUGGACGCGCCCAUGUUCUACGACUGGCUCUACCUGGGUUUCAUGGCCCUGGUGGCCCUCGUGCUGCACUGGUUCUGCAUCGACAUGGUCGCCAUGCGUCGCAACAUACCCAAGGAGGUGAUCGCCCUCCACCUGUCCGCGUUGUUCGAGGUGGUCCUGGCGUCCCUCAUAGUCCUGCAGCUGACGGAUCCCAUCGGCACGUUCAACAUAAAGUCGUGCAAGGCGAAAAAGCUGUCGGACUGGUACACCCUGCUGCAUAACCCGAAUCCCAAUUACGAAGCGACCUUGCACUGCACGCAGGAGGCGGUUUAUCCGUUGUACACUAUGGUCUUCGUCUUCUAUGCGCUGGGAAUAGUCCUCAUGUUACUGAUAAGGCCAUUGAUAGCCAGGAAAUUUUUGCCGAAACAAGGCAAGUUCUCUAUCUACGCGGCAUUGUACUUCUACCCGAUCCUCGCAUUGCUCCACGCCGUGGGAGGAGGCCUGAUAUAUUACUCUUUCCCUUAUAUCACGAUUGUUCUGUCGGUGCUCUCGAACGCGGCGCAUUUCGCGUUCAAACUGAACCAGACGGUGAAGUCGCUGCUGCUGAGCUCCGUCUCGGAUGUAAAAAACGUAAUAGUAAUUUUGGGUCACUGGCUGCUGCACGGAUACGGCGUGAUAGCAGUUGCGACUCUUCGCGAAAUCAGCAUUCAUCCCGCGAUGCUGGCCCUGGUUGUGCUACCCGCCCUGUUUUACAUCAUAACGGCCAGAUUCACCGAUCCGCACAAGCUCCACAUCGAAUGAGUCUUCCAAGCAGAUCUCGUGUACAUACUGUCUGCCGCACAUCUAAGACGGAUAUUUAUAGUAAAAUUUUAUAUUCAAGAUCGUCUCAAGAUCAUCUUUAGAUACUCCACAGCCAAUAAAACGUUCCCCAUACAGUAUCUUUAUAUAAAUUUAAAACGGUCUUGAACAUAAGAUCCGACUAUGAAUACCGGCCUAAGAUUGCGGCACGUUUAGGCUGUGUAUUUAUUAUGUAACGAAAGCACGAUCUUGCGCACAUGCGCGUGAGAGCAUCGCGGGAUUCUUUUAAUAAAGAUUUUCUUCCAACAGUCGUUGUAAUUUUCGAGCAACAACGUAGGCGUCCACCUAAGAAGAAAUUACAAAUCCUCGUGUCUGAUGCUCGCUACGUACGAAUAUAUUUUCAGUACGGAUAUUGAGAUACACUUUUUUUUACUGCACACUGUUAUACAUAGGUAUAUGUAAUUCCAAUGGAACAUUUUUCACACACUAUAUUUGGUUUCAAUACAUGAUCAAGUCAAACAAGCGUCUGCGAAAAUCUAAAUAAUUUCGCAUUUUAAGGGCCUCGAGAUUCUAUCUACAUUCUGUCAAAUAAAUACUGGGAAUUGUUCGUUUAAAAAGCCCGCGUAAAAGGUGUGAAAAAGAAUUAUUCGCUGUAAGUUGGUGCCAAUGUACCUAAUUGUCACGUAAAGUUUUGGCGCCAUUUGUCAAUCAGUUUGUUUAUAGCUAUUGGUUUUGUUACUCGACCUCAAGUAUAUGGGAUGACGUGUAGCUCAGCGCCAACACGAGUGAUCAGUAAUAGCAGGAUCCUCGGUUCGUUCCCGACCAUCGUCC